CCAAGCUGUACUGGGACGCCACAAGGUCGCGUGUUUUCUUCAGGUGAGGCAGGUAUUCGUUGACUGACGUAAGUGUGAGUUUACCACUAAACUGUUCAGGUGGGGUAACACGUCACCGUCUUGCGCAUUUCUCAGAAAUUGCGAGACUGUACUAAAUGAGAAGUUUGCAUUACAUAGAAUAAAUACGGUGGGACAGAAACGCUCGCGUCUUAUAUACUUCAGUGUUCAGGGCACGCGGACUUGUUUAAUUGGAUGACUACGCCUGACUUGUUAAUUGUGAAAACCGUUGCACGUGCUUUUGUUACCUUGUUCAGUUAUGGUGAUUUGUAUCCAUUGUGUAAGUUAACGAAAUACAAAGGUUUAAAAAAUAAAUACCGCUUAUAUUUAAGAAGUUCUGAGCUGUGUGAUCCAUAACUACGAGCAACAAGCCGAGAAACCGAUGAGGACCUUCAUAGAAUCAAGUGACGACCCUGACUGUACGGACCUCUCUAAAGAUCUGACUGAAGAACAGCCAAAGACAACGAACCCCAAUUUUAGCGUCGUACGAAAUAUGGACACAAAUAUCACUUUGUGGCAAUUUUUGCUAGAGCUUUUAUUGAGUGAUCAGUAUAACCACAUCAUAACAUGGACCAACAAUGAAGGUGAAUUCAAACUGGUUAGUGCAGAGGAGGUUGCUCGCAUGUGGGGACUAAGGAAGAACAAGCUGAAUAUGAAUUACGACAAACUAAGUCGAGCCCUUAGAUACUAUUAUGAUAAAAAUAUCAUCAAAAAAGUGUUGGGGCAGAAGUUUGUUUAUCGUUUUGUAUCUUUUCCUGAAAUAGUAAAAAACAGCGAACACAGGAUCCAUUUUCCCAUAAAGAUAGAGACUAUACCAAAAACAAGCGAACAUGAUUUACAUAAAUCAUGUUUUAUUCCGUCUUCAGCGUAUACAUCGUCUACCUCUGGAGUUCAACGGAAUCAUCAGCAGAUCCCACCAUUAGACUUAAGAGAACACAGCGAAAACGUCCAGCCUAGAAAAAGCGAACUAGAAAUUAAGUACAUGAACUCAUCUUCACACCAAAGACAAACAUUAACAUCUGUGGUUUCACACCAAAGGCAAACAUUAAAGUCUAUCGUUUCACACCAAAGACAAACGUUAACGUCCGUGGUUCAAAGAUUGUCGAGCCAGCAAAGAACCGGAUCUGAAGAAACUGGAACGAAACAAUCGGAUGAGGAGAUCGAAAUUUCGAAGCUGGAACCCAAAGAAAGUAGGUCAUCUUUCGUGUCACCUGCUAAACGGAUAAAAAUUGAAGUUGAUACAGAUUCCUGUUCAACCGAUUUUCCAUCACCUAAAUUUAGUUCUCCGCCUAUAUCUUCUACAAGAGUUGUUCCAUCAGCUACUACUACUACUCCCAAAAUUAAACCCAAGCCACCACCCAUAUCAGCUAUUCCAUGUAGCCCAGUAAGUGGAUUUAAUUCCUUGCAAACUCCUUUAGUCACUUUUAGCAGUCCGUUUUUGUCACAAGGAAAAACACCUCUAAUUUCUCUACCACUUUGGAAUCCUUUAAGUCCUAUAUUCUUAACAAGUCCUCAUUACUCCCCAACAACAACGUCUCACUUUCAAUUCCCACCACACAUUCCAAGUUUUGGACUAAGUCCAUUUUCCCCUUUAAACCAAUAUUUUACUGACCCGUUUUCUUUUUUUGAACAAAAAGUAGUAGCGUCGCCAACGAAGUCCAUUUCAGUAGAGCAGUGAUUAAUUUAAGUAACGCCCACUUUCUGUCAAUCUUCCGGACAUCACUUCCAAGCAGCACAAGUUCUGGGUAAUUGUGUAAGGAUUAAAAAUUAUGAACCAGGUUACUGUCGACAACGCAAAAUCAUUCUACGAUUGUUGAAUAGUAUUUGAUUUGUUUAUUGUAUAUAGAAAUAAGUGCCUAUAUAUGUCUACAUAAUCUGAGGUGGAUUAUAUAUAUAUAAAUACUCCAGAAAAACAUUUUAUUAAAUUCAUUAAUGCAGUAAAGAUGUUUAUAAUUGCAAACGACUCUUGGUUCUUACAAUGUUUGAAUAAACACCAUCAACAACCACGGAAAGGAUUAAAAUACACAUAUUGUUUUUUCUGAAUAAAAAAUGUUGUUAAGGAUUUUAGAAACCAGUACGUCGUUCAUUUUGAAACAAAUUCUAGAUGGAACAUAUCGCUAGAAAAACAGUCUGGGAACUAUUUCUUGUAAAAGAAUCUGAGUAAUCGACACGCUUUUGGUAAUUAUAGAGAAUGCUAUGAUGAAGCUAAUAUAUAUAUAUAUAUAUAUAUAUAUAUAAGAGUUAACAUACAAAUGUAAAAUAAUCAAACGUAUGUCUUGGCCUACCAAAGUCUAGUGGAUUUGCAUUAAUUUCUGUCUAGUGUGGUAUAUAAAAAAUAUGAUGCAUAAGAACAAUAGUCUUGUACAGUUGGUUUAAACGUAUU